CUGCUGUCAAAAAUGGGGAAGGUAAAGCAAUAUUAUCAUUUUCUAUGAAGACAAGAAUUUUAAGGGUCAUCAGUAUGAAUGCAGUGGUGAUUGUUCAGAUAUGCUCUGCUAUCUUAGCUGCUGCAACUCCAUUAUGGUGGAAAGUGGAUGCUUCAUGAUCUACGAACAACCCCAUUACAAAGGCCAGCAGUUUUUGGUCCGAAAAGGAGAGUACCCAGAAUUUGAUAGCUGGUUGGGCAAAAAUGACUGCAUCUGCUCCUGCCAUGAAAUUCCCAUGACACAGGGAUCUUCUCAUGAGGUGAAACUGUUUGAGAGAAUGGAGUACGGAGGUCAAAUGAUGGCUCUUGUGGAUGACUGUCCAAACGUCAUGAACGUGUUCCAAACAAACCACAUAUUCUCCUGCAAGGUGAUUGGUGGAAACUGGCUCUUCUUUGAACAGACCAACUACAAAGGCAGGAUGUACCUCAUAAGGCCUGGAGAAUACACAAGAUUCACUGAAUGGGGAGGCUUGAGUGCCCGUGUGGGUUCCAUCAAACGAAUUAUGGAUUACUAGAACGAAUAUUCAUGCAGGCUGCUCAGCAGUUUUUAAAUAUUUGUUUAUUUUUUACGUAAUAUCCACUCUUAUAAACAUGCACACCAGACUUAAAUUUAAUAUUUGCUUUUACUUAACAUGUGUCUGCCAUGUUAAAGGAUUAG